GCUUUCAUCGGUCGCCUCGUUAGUCCCCUGUGUUUCCAUACUCAGAGCUAUCUGUCGUCCUAUUUUUGGAAGCUUUAUACAGAAUGAGUUUCUCUACAGUGCUGAGAAUAAAUGAUGUCGAUGACUACAUUACACCGUCGAAGAGUUGUAUCAGACCGGUUAAGAUCGAUACACGUCAUGGUCAGACUAAGUCCAUCCGAGUGGAACAAGACGGGACGUAUACCGCUCUCACGGAGGAUGGAGGCGCAUACACUUUGAAAAAGGCAACAAUAUCCUUAAACGAUUGUCUCGCGUGCAGUGGUUGCGUAACGACAGCGGAAAGCGUUUUGAUAUCGGAGCAUAGUAUCCACUCUUUUAUUGAAUUUGUCCGUCGUAAUAGGGUUCAGUCUGGAUCAGCUUUGCUUUUGGCCGUUUCUCUUUCUCCGCAAUCCAUUUCAAGUGUGGCUUCGGAAUUGUAUGAUGAAGAACACGUCACACCUGCCUCACAAUGGUUUCAACUUUGGCGUCAAGAGCAUUUCCCUGAUGCCAAAUCGCCUGCAUUGGAUGUUGUUCGCAGAUUUUUGAUCGAUGUCUUCCGUCAAUUAGGUGCUCAUAUUGUUUUGGACACUACGUGGACUCGCGACGUCUGCCUUUACGAGUCUGCUGAAGAGUUCAUACAACUUUUCAGAGCCUCAGUUUCUUCAGAUCCUCUUCAGAACUUACCCUUAUUUUGCAGCGUUUGCCCAGGUUGGGUAUGUUAUGCAGAGAAAACCCUGUGUGGUUCCUCGCCUGUCUCCGAGAACGCUACUCUCAGUCAGACGUUCUCCAUCCUCCCUCAUCUGUCCACCAUUCGAUCCCCUCAGCAAAUAGCCGGGAGAUUUGUGAAACAAAUCAACCCCCAGCAUGUGUAUCAUGUCACUGUCAUGCCUUGCUUUGACAAAAAGCUGGAAGCAUCGCGGUCCGAAUUUGCCACCACACAAUCGUCGUCAAUUGAUGGUAACUCCGUUCCGGAUGUUGAUUUGGUACUAGCUUCCAGCGAACUGGGCACCUUGCUGUCAUUGGUGUCCCCAUUAGUAUCAACUUCCGAUUCAGACGAAAACCACCGCGAUCUUCUAAUUGGUCCCGCCGAAUUAGAUGCACAGCGUCAAGCGUAUCUGUCAGAAUUGGCUCACAUAUGCUACUCGGGAGAAUUGGACACCACCUAUCCCUAUGAAGCGCCCGCCAUGUAUCGUCAUAUGGGUAGUGGUUCCGGAGGAUAUGCCGCGUAUGUUUUUCAUCGGGCUGCUUCUGUUCUGUUUCAACUGGAUCUUACAGCGGACCUCGCUCAAGACGAUCGCGUUCUGUUACGGCAAUUGCACAAUCAGGACGUACAGGAGAUGCUGUUGUUUGCUUCCUGUGAGGAGCGCGACGCUGCCCGUUCGGCUCUGACCUGUCUGCGGAACAGUCGAGUACCCUAUCGGAGCACGAAAGCCGAGCCCAGUCCUUUGCUUGCUUUUGCUGUGGCGAAUGGAUUUCGCAAUAUUCAGAAUAUCGUGCAGCCGCUCAAACUUGCUUAUAAAAGGCAAGCCACUGCGAAAUCAUCACGAGCGCGGUUCCCAUUCGAUUAUGUGGAAGUUAUGGCGUGCCCCAGAGGUUGUUUGAAUGGUGGUGGACAGUUAAAAGGCGCCCUGGAGACAACGACGCAAGCGUACUUCCAGUUGCCUGAAGUGUAUCCCAUGUUGGAGCCGAACGUGAAGCGGAUUUAUGAGUACUUACAACGAGCAGAUCCAGAUCGCCAAAGCCUUCGAACAACCUUUCGCCAAGUACCUCCCAUUGAGAUCAUAAGCCCAUCAGCACUGCAAUGGUGAUGCGCUGCGGUGUGAACGCAUCGUGCGUGCACAACCGAUCCCACAGGCUGCUGCGUUUUUGAUGCAAUUCACUUCUCAUGUGUGAACUACCGCUGACGUCAACCCACCACCACAAUUUCAGCAAUAUCACUGAUUGUUCACGCUCCUCUCGUCGCAGUUUCAGUCAGCACUGAAAGUCGUGAUCAAGCAAACAGCCAAAGCCCCAGAUGCGGAUCGUGAUUAGCCAUUCCGUCUUCAUGCAUGACCGAUUACGAAAGCCAUUUACGGACUCACUGUGAGAAAGUUGCUGAUCUGAUCCCCUCUGUUUAUACGCCUUUCCCUUUUCCCUAUUUUGUGGCAGUUUGCUAACCGUUCUGUAAAUAAACGACUUGGUCCUC